GUUUUCAUCUGUUUCUAUUAAAGAAAUUUAUUUUUCUUUGUUCAUUUCAAUUGAUUGUUAUUCUUUAAUUGUUUGAUUAUUUGAUUUGUCCAUUGAUCUCUUGGCUUUGUGAUUUACAAUUUUUAUAAAAUGUCAUCAAUUAUUGAUCAAUCUCGUUACCAUUCUCGUUCCAGACCAGCAGAAGCUUCAAAUUCUGCUACUCCUGAUGAUCAAAGCAACCGAAAACCUUUUCAUAGUUUUUUCAGUGCCAAUUCUUUUAAAGUUUUCGAUAAUAAUGAGAAACUGGCUAAAUUUUCUGAUGGUCCACUUGCCCAUGAAUUUAGUGGAGUACAAAUUUUGUGCUCCGAUAAGACGGAAACAAUUUACACGGCAUCAAACACAAUCUUUAGCUACCGAGAUGAUGGUUUUUGCAAUUCUUUUGAUUGUAUAGAAGAUGCAGUUGCGGGUAAACUAUCAAAAUCAGUUGAUUGUUAUUGUGGAACUUUUUUCAAUGGUCAUUUAAUUGCCGCUGACAUUGGGGUCAAAUUGAUUGGUGUUUAUGACAUGGGUUUGGCUGUAAUAUCAGAUUUCAACCUGAAUCCCAUUAAAAAAACUCCAUUCUCAGAGUUUGGUCCACCGACAGAUUCAGCUAUUAAUUGUGAUGAAUCUUCAAUGGUCAUUUCUAAUCAAGACCAUAGUGUGACUACACUUGAGCUUAAAAACUUUUCGUUGGCCGAUAGAUUUCAUUCGGCCAGUAGCUUUACACCCACAGGCAUUGAUUUCUCUCCAAAGGAUAAACAUAUUUUCAUUACUUGCAGCAAAGGUUUUACAGACGACUGUAAUUAUGUUUCACUUUGGGAUACUCGGGCCAGUAAAUCAGGAAGUGUACAUACAACCUUAAACCAACCAGCCAAUUGUUUGAAAUGGUCAAAACGAGAUUCUAACAUGGUUUCUAUUGCAACUAUUGAUGGUUUUCUUCAUGUCAUUGAUACUCGUAAUACCCAUGGUGAAGUUCAAUCAAUGAAAAUUGACACGGAAAAUCCAAUUACUAGAAUGAAAUUGAUUGGCGAUAAAUUGAUCGGCUUCAACAAUACCAACAAUGUGGUUAAAAUUGAUGAAAUUGAAAACGAGUUUACUCUCAUCAAAACUGGAUUAUCUUGUGAUUUAUCCGUUCGUGAUUUAGUUCAACACAAGUCUGAUUUCUAUGCUAUUGGACACGAUAGCAUUUUCCCUCGCCCAAUCAACAUUACUCUCUGAUUGUUGACAAUCAAACUGUUUUCUCACCUUCAAUAUUAAUCUCUGUUGAUCAGAAAUUUCAUUAUUUUUUUUGUCUUCUACUACAAACUAAUCAAUAUUUACACUUUUUCAUAAUUAUUGCUCAAUUUAAUCAACAGCAACAUAUUGGUCUCAAAUGAUAAUUAAACGAUUUUCUUUUAUAAAAA